UUGAAUUACAUUUAUGAUCGAUGUAAGAAUAUACUUUCCAAUAUGUACUCUUUCGACUUGGUUUCCCUUAAACCCCUUGGCGCCGAUAAUUAGGGCUUUUCAUCUUCUCUCCGGCCAUCAGAUUCGUAUGAAGCCAUGUAUUUGGUUUCUCGGACGUUGACAAGAGCUCUCUGCUCCUCACUUUACCACUCGAGAUCAGCCAAACUCCCAACUCGAAAAUGGGUGAUCUCUCACCAAAUCCGCUUAUACACAGCCACCACCGGUAAAAUCAUCCGCGCGGCGGAAUCAUCGGAGGAUGUUACGGCGGAGAAAGAAUUGGCUCGGCCGACGAUGAUUGAGUACCAACCGGAAAUAGCGAAACAGGUUAACCUAACCGGAUUCGUGGAUCAACCGGUUCAAUUCAAGUCUUACUCCGACGGAAAGUCCUGGGCUGGGACGGUUAUCUCUCAACGCUCCGGUUUAAAAUCAUCUGAUUUCUGGAUUCCGAUUAUAUUCGAAGGUGAAUUAGCUAAAAUAGCAGCUCACCAUGUCAAGAAAGAUGAUCGGAUUCAUAUCUCCGGGAAGCUCUUUAUAGAUUCACCUCCUCCCAAUGUCACCUAUCCUCAAUCCAAUGUCCAGAUUAUGGUUCAGAAUCUCAACUUCGUACAGGGUGCGAUCCCACCGCCCCAAAUAGAAGAAAUGAGCUUCCCACCAUCUGAUAUAGAAGAACUCAGCACUACGAAACAGACUUCAAGAACAAUGAAGGUUCAAGUCAUGGUUGAAGAAAGCUCUGAUGAUUUGAAGCAUCUACUUGAAAAUCCUAAAGAGUUGUUGGAUUUGGUAAACGCACCUGAGGCAGAAGAAAUCAGCAUCCCAUUGCCUGAAAUAGAAGAACUCACCACCAAGAAGCAGCCUGCAAGAUCUAACAAGGUUACAGUCUUGGAUCAAGGGACCUCUAAUCCUUGGAAUCAUCUACUUGAAAAUCCUAAAGAGUGGCUGGACUAUCGUGGGAGUAAAGCCAGCGGAUUGGUGACACCUAAACAUCCUGACUUUAAGGGCAAGGUUGGUGGUGGUCUUUCUCUGUGGCUUAACGAUGCUCCUGAUUGGGUUUUACAAAAACUCAAUGAGCUUGAGUUUGAUGUUUUUCUCCCUAAAGGAAGAUUGAAACACCUUAAAGGUGAGGAAUUUUGGAAGGACUUGGUUCAGAACCCCGAUAAAUGGUAUGACAACAGAUCAAGAAAGACAAACAUUAAAGCCCCUGACUUCAAGCAUAAAGAGAGUGGUGAGGCACUGUGGAUGACUGACUCUCCUACUUGGGUAUUAUCAAAAUUGCCGCCUCUAAAGAAGAAUCAAGAACAACCUCUCAUGCCUAAUUCUAUCUCAACGCCAACACCCAAACAAGCUAAAAGAGAGGAAUCUUGGAAGGACUUGGUUCAGAACCCUGAUAAAUGGUAUGACAACAGAUCAAGAAAGAAAAACGCUAAAGCCCCUGACUUUAAGCAUAAAGAGAGUGGUGAAGCACUGUGGAUGACCGACUCUCCGACUUGGGUACUGCCAAAGUUACCACCUCUAAAGACGAAUCAAGAACAACCUCUAAUGGCCAAUACAGUCUCCCAGCCAGCAUUGAAAAAUCAGAAAAGAGAGGAGCUUUGGAAGGACUUGGUUCAGAAUCCAGACAAAUGGUGGGACAACAGAUUAAAAAGGACAAACGCGAAAGCUCCUGAUUUCAAGCAUAAGGAGAAUGGUGAAGCUCUGUGGUUGGACAAUUCUCCAACUUGGGUAUUGCCAAAGUUACCACCACUAAAUGAAGAAAUACCAGACCGGACCUAAGUUCGUUUUGCAGCCUUAUUGAAACAUACCCACAUGUUGAUCUUGGUGACCCACGAUGUAAAAAAGGGUGUUUGACUUUUAUUUCUACAUAUUUAAACCCUUAUUGGUAGAUUAACUCAUUGAUCCUGAGUUAAUGAGAGAUCAUCAAAAGUAACAACAUUAGUAUAUUUUUAAAAUCAUGAUUACGGGCUGGAAAAGAAAAUGUAUCUGAAAA